AUUUGUUUUACUUCCGUAUGAAGAUGGCGUCAAGUGACUCGCGCCUCCAACAGCUGCCGUCCCAGAAGGAUGCGGCCGACCAGAACUUUGACUACAUGUUCAAACUGCUGAUCAUCGGCAACAGCAGCGUGGGGAAAACGUCGUUCCUCUUCCGCUACGCGGACGACUCCUUCACCUCAGCCUUCGUCAGCACCGUGGGCAUCGACUUCAAAGUCAAGACCGUCUUCCGCAAUGACAAAAGGAUCAAACUGCAGAUCUGGGACACAGCAGGACAAGAGCGCUAUCGGACCAUCACCACAGCCUACUACAGAGGCGCCAUGGGCUUCUUGCUCAUGUAUGACAUCACCAACCAGGACUCCUUCAACGCAGUUCAGGACUGGGCUACACAGAUUAAGACAUACUCUUGGGACAAUGCUCAGGUGAUCCUAAUUGGUAACAAGUGUGACCUAGAGGAUGACAGGCUCAUACCAACAGAAGACGGCCAGCGUCUGGCGGAGGACCUCGGUUUCCAGUUCUUCGAAGCCAGCGCCAAGGACAACAUAAAUAUCAAGCAGGUGUUUGAGCGCCUCGUGGAUGUCAUCUGUGACAAGAUGAACGAGAGCAUGGAGGGAGACAUGAGCUUACUGCCCAACCACAGGAACCCGGGCUUGAAAGACUCGUCGUCUGACAGCCAAGGCAGCUGCGCUUGCUAAACCGCGUGCGUGCGUGCGUACGCGCUAACCCGCGCAUACGCACACACAGCACCGCUAAUCUAUUUCUCUGUGCCUCAACUCUGGGAUUGUAUUCACUGUAGCUACGCCCAACACAAUAGGCAGAAAGUUGAGAUAAUCCCCGUGACUGUUAGUCCCUCUUUCCCCCUUAGACAAGGCCUCGCGGCUCACUUUCUUUUGAAGCCAACUCUGCAACCAUCAUCGAGCACUUUGGCCCACUUCAAGAUUAAAGUUCCGUGGCAAUCUUGAUACGAUUACAUAUAAAAUGUAAUGAGAUAUCUGCAUAUGUUAUUGCAGUGCUGAUGUAGCUCAAUUUUAAUUUAGCAUUUUUAUUCUUGGAUUUGUGUGGGGGUGGGGGGGAGGGGUGUUGAGUCUGUUUGUAAUUUAGCUAAAUCGACGAUCUAAUGUAUUAGAAACGCCUCAGCGUGGUGCCGCGCAGGAACUAUUCAGCUCCAGAAUCACUACCAUUUCCAAAGUUAUAAAGAGUUCAAGUCUAUUUUUUGUAUGGUAUCUUUGUGAUGGAAAUCAUCGGAAUGUGCCAGGCUAUAAGAUUAUUAAUUCGUUUUGUGUUUUUUUUACAUUGUGAGAAAAUGUUUCAUGUGGAAAUGAUUCAUCCCCUUUCUCCAAAUGUACGUAUCAAAUAUUCAAAAUUUAGACCUUACAGUGUGAUUUGUUCAACGUUACCAUCUCUAGAUUGAUUAUUUAUUUAUUGAUUUCAAAAUCAACAUUUUGAGGCUGCUGUUUUUUUGGCCCUGUUCUGCCACUUGCUGUGCCCUUUAAGAAGAGCCUGUAAAUUGCCGACUCGUCGGAGCAAGAACCAAAUUCACCGGUGGCCAUCUUGCGUUGCCACUCGCUAAGCGUGCCUAACUCAAAUACAGACUGAUUUCUUAGCUGAUGGAUUUUUCUACUACAUUCCGCAAACCAAUCACAAUGCAUCUGUUUUCUGAGUUUGGUCAUUUGACGUUUGCAAGCUGAGCCGUGAUUGGUCGUUACCUGAGCCAUCAGAAAGUAUGACGUCAUUAUCGGUGAACGGCAAGUAGCAAAAUGGCCGACCCUGAAAUGGAUCGAAACUAAGUGGAAUUUGCUGCUUAAUACAUAUCCCACAAACGCAAUGUUAAUCGGAAUAGCGCGAUUCAACGGGUGGGGCUGUAGGAAACACAUUGUACAGAAAAUGUUGGAUAUCCCCUUUCCAAAAAAAAAAAAAAAAAAAGCCAGUGUAUCGUUCCAUCAGGACAUUGUGCCAAAGAUGAAAAAGUACAACGGCAUUCACUGUGCCUUGCAGGCUCAUGCCUAAAAAGUCACUGCUGUGUGGAUUUUUUGUUGUUGUUGUUGUUAGCUAAUCGGAUGUAAAGGUUUCUUCAUGCCAUUAAUUCAUUUUGUACCCUUUGCUUUUGGUUCUUGGGAUAUUUUCUCCAGUCUAAAUCGCAGGAGAAUGCAGCAAAGAGUCUGUUGAUGCCUGCGAGGAAGUCGUUACACACUUGUGACAGUCACCUACCGCCGAAUGAUGCGUUAUAAAUCAUUGUGUGUGUAUGUGUGUGUGUGUGUGUGUGUGUGUGUU